AUGAGCAAACUCAACGCUGGGGCCUUCGAAUUCGUGCCAGGAAAGAGCUUUGCUCUUCCUCCUCAGAGCUUCCAGCAGAGUCAAGCGCCUCUGCCCCCGCCAAUCGAGCGUCCAGAACAAACUGAAGCUCCUCGUCCGCCUCCAACAAUAUCUCUCAGCAUCGGAGGCUCCAAGCCAUCUGCUCCAACACCAGUUGUCCAGCCUGACCCUGCUGCUGCUAUUACUCCGUCAAAUGCCCCUACAUCUACCCCAACUUCAUCACAGGCAAAAUCUACACCUAUCCCUGCGAAAACAUCGGUCAAAGUGAAAUCAGACUCCCCUGCUCCCCCUACUGCUCCAUCCAAAACCUUUUCAUUAGAGAAAAGCAAAACAGAUACGAAUGCUAUUGCGAAGGAAGUGCAGGCAGCGGCGGAUAAGGCUGUACUGGACGACCUGUUUGGAAAUGCCAAAGAACAUCUGAACAUCGUUUUCAUUGGUCAUGUAGACGCUGGAAAAAGUACACUAGGUGGUAAUCUACUCUUCAUCACCGGUGCCGUCGACAAGCGGACGAUGGAAAAGUACGAAAAAGAAGCAAAGGAAGCUGGUCGAGAAACCUGGUAUCUCAGUUGGGCACUCGAUUCGACCCCUCAGGAGCGACUGAAGGGAAAGACUGUUGAAGUAGGUCGUGCCUACUUUGAGACAACCAUUCGUCGUUACACCAUACUCGACGCACCAGGGCACAAGACCUUCGUCCCAUCCAUGAUUUCUGGAGCUGCACAAGCUGAUAUCGCGAUCCUCGUCAUCUCAGCUCGUAAAGGUGAAUUUGAAACCGGAUUUGAGCGCGGUGGUCAAACUCGGGAGCAUAUCAUGUUGGUCAAGACCGCUGGUGUGUCCAAAGUUGUGAUCGUUAUCAACAAGAUGGACGAUCCGACCGUUCUAUGGGACAAAGGGAGAUACGAUGAGAUUAAAGACAAGCUAACACCAUUCGUAAGGGCUGCUGGAUUCAACCCCAAGACCGACGUAACAUUCAUCCCCGUGUCCGCUUACACUGGUCUCAAUUUGAAAGACCGUGUACCUAAAACAACAUGCCCUUGGUGGGACGGUCCUUCUUUCCUCGAGCAUAUGGAUCAUAUGCCCAUGGUUGACCGAAAGAUCAACGCGCCUCUCAUGAUGCCCGUAUCCGAAAAAUACAAAGAUAUGGGUACCAUUAUUGUUGGAAAGAUCGAAUCCGGACACAUGCGCAAAGACGACAAGCUCGUUCUCAUGCCUAACAAGGACCAAGUAGAAAUCGCCGCCAUUUACAAUGAAAUUGAAGAUGAAGUCCCCGACGCCUUUUGCGGUGACAAUGUUCGCAUUCGUAUUCGCGGCGUGGAUGACGAGGACAUCAACCCUGGUUUCGUGCUCACUAGCCCAUCGAAGCCUAUUCAUGCCGUGCGUCAGUUUGAGGCGCAGCUGGCUAUUCUGGAACACAAGAGCAUCAUUUGCGCCGGAUAUUCGGCGGUGAUGCACGUACACACUCUUGCGGAAGAGGUCACCCUGGUUUCCCUGUUACACUAUUUUGACAAAGCAACUGGCCGCAAGUCAAAAAAACCUCCUCAAUAUGCCAAGAAAGAAUCCACACCAUCAGGCCAAAAAAUUGUUGCUCUUAUUGAAACCACUGCAGCUGUGUGCGUGGAGCGAUUCACCGACUACCCUCAAUUAGGCCGAUUCACACUACGAGACGAAGGAAGAACGAUAGCCAUUGGAAAGAUCACUAAACUCGUUGAGGGUACCGAGGAAAUCACCGAUGGAGUUGCCAACCUCGCCACUUAA